CAAUGGACGCCGAACGUCCACCAGAUUUGGCCCACGGCUUCGCUCACAUUAGACCGACCGUGUGGACUAUAGCAUCCCCAAAACACACACACACAACGAGACAGCGAGAGUACAGUGUUGAUAAUGAGGCUAGAGAAUGAGUUCUAAUCACCUCUCCCCUCCCGUCGCCCAAAUACAUGCACGCGGUGGAGACGGUUCAAGACCAGCGGCUGCCCAUUUGGCCAGCCAUCCCUGACAUACACAGGAAGGAGGCACAGGCACACAGAGCGAGAGAGAGAGGACUGUUUGUACAGCAGCCGGACCGCCGCCCUACCGCAGGCCUCGCCUGUGUUGAGCUUUGACGUGCCGGCGCGCUGCUGUUGCUGCUGCUGCUGCUGCCCAGUGCCGUGCAGCAUAUUAAAGCGCCGACGUGCAGCGAGCUGCCUCAGUCAGAGGAAAACCUCAUGGGCUUGAGAUGACACUGAGGCAGCUGCGAUGAGCCUGUUGCUGUAGUGAGACAGCUGUGGAUGAACCUAUUGCUAUUUAGAGCAGCUGUGAUGAGCCUGUUCGCGAUUACAGCUGCGGUGAACCUAUUGCUACAUUGAGCCUGUUGGUGCGAGCCUGUUGAUGUGUACACUGGUAGUUGUGAUACGCCUGCUGGUGUUUACAGGUGAACAGCUGUGUUACAAACCUGCCGGUGUUUACAGGAAAGCAGCUGCGAUACAAGUUUGGUAUUACAACAACGAGCUUGAGCCUAGUUCACUGGGAUGUAAGGAGUCUGCUUGUAGUGACGAUAACCGUCACGAUGUAAGCGAGGUCUAAAUAUAAUCCAGUACCCAAGUUGGGAACGCUUAUUGUCAUAAGGGUAGAGCCCGCCAUAGCUCUCGUCUUCCACGCUUACAUCUAAACCUCAAGGAGCAUCUCAUCCGCCACGAGAGAUAAGAACAACUUAUAAAUGAGUCGCUAACUGUACCUCGGGGCUUCUCGCACGGAACAGUCAUAAGUGCAGACCUAGCUGGACCUGCAACAACCAUGUGCUACGUCAUCAUCACGUGCAACUCCAUGCUGUGGACGCUGCUGUCCAUCACCUGCUUCAUGAUGGUGCUAGCCUCCGUGACGUCACCGCACUGGCUCAUCGGCUACAGCCGCCGACCGGGGCUUGAACAGGAGGAGGAGGAAGAAGGCUACCAAGACGUGUACAAUCCCACUAUCGGCAUUUUCAACCGUUGCAGCAAGUUGCACCACUUUCAGUUCAUCCCCAAGCGCGAGAACUGCGCCACCUACGUGGAGGAUUUCCUGACGGAUAACAGCCAGUUCCCGGACACCUGGAAGGCGGCCCUCGUGCUCUUCGGUUGCGCCGGGGUUCUCCUCCUGAUGACGUCACUGGCAGCCGUCUUGAGCCUGUGCGUGAGGUCGGUGUUUGGCAAGAGCAUCUUUACUUUGUCAGGGCUCGUGCAGUGCGUUGCUGGUCUCUUGUGCAUCCUGGGCUUGAUUUUGUAUCCAGCUGGCUGGGGCAGUGCAAAGGUCAAGACCUAUUGUGGACAACAUGCUGGACCUUUUGAGAUUGACAGAUGUCAGCUUGGGUGGUCUUUUUUCCUAUGCAUCGUGGGCACACUGCUGACCUUUCUCUGUGGAGUUCUGUCCAUCAAGGCAGAUUCAUCCACAUCAUCACACAAGGUGGGAGAGGUGUUGGAGGGAAAAAAUCUCAUCUGUGUCCUCUGAAGAAUGUGCCAUUGGGAACAUGCCACCAGCCAGAAACAUAGACAAAUAAAUUACAAGUGUUAUAUCUGAUACACUGACCUUUAAGCAAUGACUGCACAGUGGAAACUAAUCAGACUUCAUUCUUUAUCUAUGCCUUUUAAUAUUUAUGUGAGAAUGUCAAAUUUUUGGCAAAAUAUUUUGAACAAAGAAUUAAUUUUUUUAAAGUGUUAAAGAAAUUUAUUGUAUUUAUUUACCUAGUAAUUUUAUUCAUUUUAACAAUUCUUGGCUCAUGAACAAUGAUUUUAAUUAAAUUCUGUUUUUAACUUUAGAUGAUGUACAGUCCUUUUGAGGUGUACCACAGUGGCAAUAGGUAGCACAAAAAUUUGAAUUUAAAUUUAUACUUUGUGAGAAAGCAAACUACAGACAAAUCAAAAACAAUUUUAAGAUGUAUGUCGUCAAAGUAUCAAAAGAUGUAGAUGUUAAUGGAUUAUCACAGAGUAAGGGAUAUUAGCAACUUCUUGCUAAAACUUCACUUUGUGCAAGACAAUGACUCGUAAUCAGCAUUAUGGCAAAAUGCAAUCAUCUUCACUGCAUAGACCUGUUAAAAAUACUUCAGGCAAUCUUCAGCGAACGAAACAGCAUGACUAGAGCAUGUCUGUGUGCAGCAUGAUCUAGAAUAUUUGUCUCCAAAUCUGUCCAUUCCUUGAGCAAAAAUGGUGCGUGGUGGUUGCAAUCUUCUUUUACACUGCAGCAAAGCACAGACUGUGAAGGCAUGGAAAAGCCCAUGAAAGUUAAUGCUUCCUAUACUCCAUGAAAGUUAAGAACAUGAAAGUUAACCAAGAACAGCUGUGAGACAGCUGUGGCUUAGAGCUGCAAUUCCAUCUAUCUUUUCAUUCCACUGCAUUUUAUUCUGUAAUGAAUAAUACAUUUGCUUGGCACCAAGAGUUGCUUGCCAGUAAGUUUGGUUAGUUUUGAGAUUUUGCUUUUGCUACAAUGCCUUCUGAAACAUUCGAAAAUACUGCAUCCUGAUAUGUGGGGUGUAUUUACCCAGGUGUGAAAUGGUCAAGAUCAAUCUUGGCUGUCUGUACACUUGAUUUUUAUGCAAUAACAGGAUUAUUUAACUUUUUUCAGACUUUGAGCCAUUAAAAAAUUAGCUCCAUGAGUUCUGCAACCAAAUUGAAUGUUUUUGUACAUUCCCUUAUUGUAUUCUAUUUCUGGGUUAUUAGGUUUCAUACACCGAUACAAAUUUCUUUGUCUUACAUUAUUUCAGUCUAUAGAAUAUGUCAAUCUUUUGGCAUUGUUCCAUUUAAAUAUUUUUAAUCUUGAGAAAAAACAUAUCCAUCUUGAAUGCUUUUCAAUCAUACUAGUUUAAAAAAUUUAUUGAAAUCUCUAUAAGACUCAUCCAGUACACUAUCCAAAGAUGGUAAUUGUAUAAAUGUAUUCUCAUUACAGGAACAUCAAAUUUAGAGAUUUUUUUUUUUACCUUUUAACCUUUAUAUAAAAAUAGAUUCUUAUUUCUGACCGUUUCCAAGCCAGCUUUUUUCUUCAGUUCUCCAUCUUUAGCUUGCCUGUUUUAGCCUUGUUUUGGUCUUUUACAUAGCAUAUAGCCUAAAGAAUUAUUUACUCUGCUUUGUUCACAGGCUUAAUUAUUGUUCUUAUCCAUCUUCAUCUUUAUCUCCUUAUAUCUACUUUCUGGGAAGCGACACAUCAGUGAAUCAUUUCUUGCAUUCUCUCUGUUGUCUUAUUGACAAAAUUACUAUAGGAGUCUUUUUCUUGUCUUCCAGCUGCUGUAACAUGACAAAUUUCAUCUUCUGACCUUACACAGCAGGAACUCUGAAUACCAUUUCUUUGGUAGUAUUUCCAUAGGAAAGACUAGAUUAAGAAACUCGAGCUUUCCUUAACAGCUGAAGGAUAUACAUAUGCUUAAGGAUAUACAUCACGUGAGGACAAUUCUUUGUAGGGCAAGAUGUCGAUACAAUCUUUUGAGAGCAGCAGAAACCACACAGUGACAAGCUUUCUAUAAGCUUUAUACCUAAUAGCCAGUCUUCACAAUUUUUGAUUAUUGUUUAGUUAUAUUUACAAAGUAUCUUUUUACAGCUGUUUGAACUUUUUUUGGAAAGUAUUUUAUGGAUAUUGUGCCUUAGUUUACAAUGAAUGAGAAAAUUACACCAAACUUGUUAAAAGUAAAGACAGGGGUGGUAAUUAGUGAUCAUGCUUUGAAAUACUCCAGUUGUUUCCGUGUAAGCUAAUCGUCUGCAAGAAGGCAAAUGUGUGUAUAAGUUCGGGAACACUGAUGUUCUGAUUUCCAUUUAUUUUGGUAGCUGUAUAUUUGCAUGAUAAUAAUAUAGGUGCACAUGGAAGCAUGUGCAAAUUUUAAAAUGACAUUUUUAUUAUGCAUUAAAGUACAAAAAAUAAUUGCUUGCAGUAAACAUUUUCAUUUUGAGAGAAAAUCAAUGAUUACAAAUGAUACUUCAGUUUAAAAGAAAAGCAUACUAAUAAUAAAGAUGUUAAAUACGAAGGUGUUACCGAGUCAUGUUUGCUUUUGGUGGGUAUACCUUUGCUUACCCUCCUGCACUGAGAACUGGAAUAAAUGUAGACAUUUUAAUUCUCA